GAACCAAAAACCAAAAAAAAAGAAAAAAAAAAGAGAUUCGAACGUUGAAGCCAGUCGGAAAAAAUUAGCAGAUUCAGAAAACCAUGUCGUGUUCCGUCGCGCUAUCAAGCUCUCCGGUCUUCUCUCCUUCCUCGUCUUUCUUCUGUAACAAAACCUCAAUACUUUCUCCGUCAGCGGAGACUCUUAAUCUGACUUUAACCCACCUCAAAUCCACAUCUUCUCCUUCUUCUCUGUCUCCGUCGUCUUCGCCUUCUUCACCGUUUCGUAAAAGGAUUCAAAAAACGCCAUCUGUGUCACUUCUCUCAUCCUCAUCUCCGUCUUCUUUGGGUUCCGGUGCGGGUUUUGGUCCCGGGUCGGUUUUGAAGAGGAAGAGGCCGGCUAGACUGGAUAUACCGGUAGCGACGGCGAUGGCCUUUGCGGCUCCGUUGAUGGAGAGCCAGGGGUGUAGAGAGAUGGAGAGUGAAGGAGAUGGGUAUUCUGUUUAUUGUAAAAGAGGGAGGAGAGAAGCUAUGGAGGAUAGGUUCUCUGCCGUCGCGAAUCUUCAGGGAGAUCCCAAACAGGCUUUUUUCGGUAUUUUUGAUGGGCAUGGAGGGUCUAAAGCAGCUGAAUUUGCAGCCAAGAACUUGGAUAAGAAUAUUUUAGAUGAAGUUGUUAGGAGAGACGAGGAAGAAAUUGGGGAUGCUGUUAAGUGUGGUUAUUUAACCACAGACACUGAGUUCCUUAAGGAAGAUGUAUACGGUGGCACAUGCUGUGUGACAGCUUUGAUCCGAAAAGGAAACCUUGUUGUGUCCAAUUUGGGUGACUGUCGAGCAGUCAUGAGCAGAAGAGGUCUAGCGGAGGCUCUCACAUCUGACCACCGGCCUUCAAGGGAGGACGAACGGGACAGAAUUGGGAAUUCGGGUGGCUAUGUGGAUUUAUGUCGUGGUGUUUGGAGAAUUCAGGGAUCCCUUGCUGUAUCCAGAGGGAUUGGAGACAGGCACCUUAAGAAAUGGGUAAUUGCAGAACCAGAUACGAAGAUACUUCGAAUCAAACCGGACCAUGAGUUCUUAAUUCUAGCCUCUGAUGGCUUAUGGGAUAAGGUCAGUAAUCAGGAAGCAGUAGACAUUGCUCGUUCUUUAUGCAUCAGUGUUGAUAAACCAGAACCAUUACUAGCUUGUAAAAAGCUUGCUGAUCUCGCUGUUUCACGUGGCACGUCUGAUGAUGUUAGUGUGAUGCUGAUUCAAUUGGGGGGCUAUGUGUUAUCCUCUGAUUUAUACAGAAUAGGACACAGGGCUAACUUAUAGGCAAUUGCAGAUUUACUCUGCUUAAUAGUGAAAAUGCAUUUGAGUACAAUAUUUAUAUAUCAAUUAGAUAGAAUUCUUUGUUGGCGUAGUAGUGGAAUCUCAUUAUCAUAUUCUAACCAUUCUUUAUAGGGAUUUAGUCACCCACAAUUUUUGCCAGUUGGAUACUUGUACACACUGCUGAAGAAUUAGAGUUUAUAUAUAGUUAUAAGUUCAAUAUAUUCAUUAUUCAGUUGUAAAUCGAUACAUUUAUUAUAUAGAAACAAUUUCAAUAAAUAAUAUAUAUUCUUUUUAGUA